UUCUUUUCUUUGAAAGGCAUUGAACACGCUAGGAAAAACAACAGUUUGCUUUGUAAAUUGAAGUACUCCCUGAAGUUCUCCUUGCUGGAUAUUUUUGCUGUUUGGUUGUCUUCACUGCAUAUGUCAAGUGCAGUGUGGGACUGGUGAGUAGCACACUCUUGUGAACUUUGAAAGCAGGUGGAUUUCAGAAGAACGGACACAUCCUCUAAUCUUGAGUCGGACUUGCACAUCUUUCAAGGACCAAAAGAAAUGAAGUGGGAGUUUUUCCCUCGAUAGACUGUCAGUCUGUUUCAUUUCAACAGUUCAGUGUGGCACAGUUGAUGACCAAGUAAUCUCAUCGUGUUUUCAUCAUUUCCAGAAGUCAACUUAUUCUGAAUUCCUCUUGCUUCUAAAUGGAAACGCAAGCAUGCAGUGCCUAGCAUCUUGGAACGUGGAAGGAGUUCUUCGUAGUAUCCCAGAUUGUGGGUUCAUUACAUGCUUGGCUUUAAUAUUAGCCCCUGCUAUGGAUAAGCUGCAGCAGUGUAGCACAGUAUGAAAAGUACAGGUGUCAGCUAUUAAUUAUGUUUCAUUUUCUUUCCACAGUUAAGUUGAUUUUACAGAAUUUAUCAGGUCUCCAAAGCAGAAACAGGUGAUUUUUGCUGUGGGGUGAGCUCAGCAUGGCUGUAGUCAUCCGUUUGCAGGGGCUUCCUGUUGUUGCGGGUCCUGCAGAUAUCCGUCGUUUCUUCUUGGGAUUGAAUAUUCCUGAUGGAGGUGUGCAUAUUAUUGGAGGAGAGAUUGGGGAGGCUUUUAUUAUAUUUGCAACAGAUGAAGAUGCACGGCGUGCCAUGAGCUGUUCAGGAGGGUAUAUCAAGGACUCGCUCAUAGAGCUGUUUCUCAGCAGCAAGGCAGAGAUGCAGAACACUAUAGAAAUGAGCCGGAAACGAUUUGACCGUGGGGGAAGAGAAACUAUGUCUGGCUCUAGAAGAAUGGGUACUAACGGUUCAGGUGUUGGAGACAUGCCACAUUUAGGCACGCCUUUCUCAAAAGGAGUAAGUAAACCUGGUUAUGGUCCACCAAGUCAUCCGGAGGCUGGUUUCCAUACCAAUGGCACAAGACAUGGGGAUAUGGGCAUGCCUAAAUCAAGCUAUCACUCACUAAAGGAUUCUCAUCCGUUUAUCCCAGAUGAUCUUUACUUGUUUCUCCGUGGUAUACCUUACACUGCGACAGAAGAUGAUGUCUGUGAUUUCCUUUCUGGGAUCCGUGUGGAUGGAGUGAUUUUGAUGAAGCAUCACAAUGGCUUAAACAACGGUGAUUGCCUGGUGAAAUUUGCUACACCUGGUGAUGCCUUAGAGGCGCUUAAACGUCACAGACAGUACAUGGGUCAGAGGUAUAUAGAGAUUAGCCCAACUACAGAGGAGCGGUGGAUUGAGUAUGGUGGGACGGUAGAUGUGCCGGAUGACAUGGAUCACUUCUUGCAUGAGGACCGUUCUCCAAGUCCGGGGUACAUGCAUUCAAGGAGGCAUUCACGUUCAAGGUCACCAAGGAGACAAAGAACACGUUCACGUUCUUCUCCUCACCAGGAAUACUACAUACACUUAAGAAACUUAUCUACUAAUCUGGAAAAGAGAGAUUUGAUAGACUUUUUUCCUGACCUGGAUAUAUGCAGCACGCAAAUCAAGCUUCUAACGGAUAAGCAUCAGAGAAGGACUAGAGAUGCCUUUGUGAUGUUAAGAAGUGAGAGAGAUUAUCAGGCUGCUUUGAAAUAUCAUAGAAACGUUCUUUUCAAUCGUUCUGUUUACAUUUUUCCAAUUUCAAGAAAGUCAAUGUUGAAAAUAAUUGAUUCUUAUGAGAGGAAAAGAUCACAGGACAGAGACCAUUCUGGACGGGCCACACCAGAAAAAAGUUAUCGGGAAGGGCAUUCUGGCACCAAGAGAUGUGUUUAUGUGAGGAAUUUUCCAUUUGAUGUGUCAAAAAUCGAAGUGCAAAGGUUCUUUGAAAGGUUUGAUGUCGAUGAAGAUGAUAUUUAUUUGCUCUAUGAUGAAAAAGGAAUUGGUCUGGGAGAAGCAUUAGUAAAGUUUAAAUCUGAAGAUGAAGCCAUGAAAGCAGAAAAUUUAAAUCGUCGAAGGUUCUUAGGAACAGAAGUCUUGAUAAGACUUAUAUCUGAAGACCAGAUGGAGAAGUUUGGUGUAACUGUGCCAUUGUCUACAUCAAAUGACAUGCAGGAUGAUUCACAUCCGUAUGACAGAGGUGAGCUUUCCCGUCCAAUUGAUUCACCAUCUGGGCCACCACAGGGGCCACCCAUGCAUUCAUUUGGUCCCCCUGGGAACUUUAGGCAUCCUCCUGAAUUUAGGCGCCCUCCUGAGGACUUUAUGUGCCCUCCUAAGGAUUUUAGAGGUCCUCCACCUUUCCUGGAUUUUGGUGGUGACAGUGAACAUUUUGGCAGAAUGGAGUUUGGGAAUAAUAAAAUGGGAAAUUUUCCUGAAGGAAGAUUUGUGCCAGAUCCCAAUUUCAGUGGCAGUUCGGAACGGGUUGUUCCUAUUCGAUUGAAAAACUUACCUUUUAAAGCUACUCCUAAUGAGAUUCUAGAUUUUUUCUAUGGCUACAGAGUGAUACCUGAGUCAGUUUCUGUACAGUACAAUGAACAGGGAUUACCCUCAGGUGAUGCCAUUGUUGCAAUGACAAACUAUGAGGAAGCUAUGGCUGCUAUUAAUGAACUGAAUGAUAGGCCAAUUGGUCAACGGAAAGUUAAGUUGAGCUUGCUGUAAAGGAGGAAAAGAUGCUCUAGAGUAAAACAUCCUAGAUGACAGUAUUGACGGUUGUUCUCACUUUUUUAAUUGCUGGAAGAUGCAGAAGAAAGUUUCCAUCAAGGGUUGUAAAUAAUGUCUAGUUCAGUUGUUUAGCUCUUGGUUGAAGUAUCUGUAUGGGUAAGAUACGAGAACUUGCUGUGCCUACUUCUUGUGGCAGAGAAGAGCCCAGAAACUGGAGGACAUGGAAUGUCUUAAGGUAUUAAGUCAUGGAGUUUUAAUGCUUUGGGGUCUUUUUACAGUCUGCUUUUAAUUCCAUGGCCUAUGACUUCUGCAUCAAAUAAAAACGUUAGUGCUGGUUCAAACGGGAAGAACUUCAGUGCUACUGCAUUAGUAAAUAACACUUCUUACUGACCUUAGCUUAAUAAAAGCAAACAAAAAUUACUUUUUUAUUUCUAAAUUGUUCAGGUUUUGUUCAGUUUCAUGUCUUUGCAGGCAUUCCUAUUAAAAGAAGAAACGAGCAUCCUAUUCACAUUAGUUGGCUUUGCAUCUUUUUUAAAAAUAAAGAAGAAAUUGCCAUUAAAUGUGUGGUUUAUAUUUAAAACUUGUAUAGUUAAUGAUCUCAACUACUAUGCUUAAUGUAUUUGGGGCUUGGUGAGAAAGCUGCUGGCUGCUUCUUCAGGAAAGAGUGAAUUAAUAAUUAAUAUCUUUCUAAAUAUCUGAGGGACAGGCUCUUCUCACUUGCUUCCUGGGAUAGGACAAGGAGCGAUGGGUGUAAGUUGCAGGAAAAGAGGUUCUGCUUCUACACAAGGGGGAACUUUUUUGACUGUAAGGGUCACAGAGCACUGGAACAGGCUCCCCAGAGAGGCUGUGGAGUCUCCUUCUCUGGAGAGUUUCAAGGCCUGUCUGGAUGUGUUCCUCUGUGAUCUAGGUUAGAUAGAAUGGUCCUGCUCUGACAAGGGGCUUGGAGUGGACCUUUCCAACCCCUAACAUCCUGUGAGCCUGAGAAUUAGUAUAGUCUGUCAGCACAGCAAUGGGUAGGUCAUUUACUUGUAAACCACAAAAUCUCUCUGAAUCAAUCAGUUGGAGAGGCUUUCUUGGUCUCACUGAGGUACCUUGACACAGAAAAUGUAUGUUGGAAUUGUUUCAAGAAUCUUGACUUCAGCCUGAGCUCUUUGAGUGGACUUUAUCUCCACGUGCUCAUAAUAUCAAUAUUAACUUGCUAAUGAUGUCUGGGUGCAUUCCAGGUCAAUUGCUGAUUUCAUUUUAACUAACACCUGUCAUUGGCAACCAAGCUGACAACCAACUAUGUCAUUCUUUUUUAUAUGAGAACAUAAAUGCUUAUGGCAGUUUUAAGAAUGUUUUGAUUGGUUUAGUGCCAGCACAUUUAAAAUUUAGAAAGAAAUAAAAGCCUGUUGGAGGAAAAAAAAAGCAUCUUCAAAACUCAGGCUUAGCAGAAAACUUUGUUUGUAUUUAUAAGGACUGUUGUCAUUGCUCAGAGCACUGAAUUUUAUGACAUUGUCGUUUCCCAUUGCAACUUGCUGAUGGAAACUUGUUUUAGUCUUUGCUCAGGUAAUACCAAAAAAUAGAUAAUCUAGAGUACUUCAGGUUGGAAAUGUCUCUAGUCCAACCCUCUUCUCAAAGCAGUGUCAGCUAGAACAGGUUAUUCAAGGCCUUGUCCACUGGAUUUUUAAUAGCUCUGAGGACAGAUUCCACAGCCUCUGGGCAGUCUAUUCCAGUACCUGGUGACCCUCACUGGUGGUCAGAUCUUAAUUACUUUACGUAAAGUCACCAUCAUUACUGAAUUUCCAUAUAAACCAUGGAAGUUCUUUGGGGUUUUUUGUUCUGUAAUUAAAAGGUCAGUGUAGUGUUAUUUCUUCCUUGUAUUUUUUGUCCUCUCUUUUAAAUGUUAGGAAAAAAACAUUUGGAAUGAGGAUGGUAAAUGCCAGGUCUGCAGGUGGAACUGAAAUGAAAGCAAACUGUCUUCUAUUUUCCCUGCAAAGUCUUCUAGUUCCUUGAGCUUUUUAUAGCAAUUAAAAAAGUGUUACAAGGAUGCUCAAAAUAAACUUGUCUGACCUAAUCAUGCCA